AUGAAAUAUCAUCGAGAGCUUGCAGAACUUGCUCGGGAGGGUAAACUCACAUCCUUCGAUGCUUCCAUGGCAGACCUGCUCUGUGAUUCGGACGAGCAUGGUUGGCUGCAGGAUGACCUGCAAGGCUGCAGCAUUCGUGGGCCUGGGUUCUCUUUGGACGGCUCCAGCAUAGUUCACUGGGAGGUGGCAGUUCGUGGUAUUGGAGGCGAAGUCUACAGCGCGUGCCUGGUAGGAGGAAGCGAUUCUCAAGGUCGCCCCGAUCGACUGCAAGCCGCUGCGGAGUGUGAGAGUGAAGACCUGGUGAAGGCUCUGAUCGAUUGCUCUCUUGCCAGCAACGGCUUCGCACAGGAGUUCUCUUCCUCUUCGUCCUCCGCAGCCCGCGAAUACGAGAGAAGUUUAGACCUGGACCUGAUUGUGAAUCAUAGCUGUCCUGAGGCUUGUGACAUCCUUGCAGACCUCCGCGACUUCUUGCACAAGAUGCAAGCUUUGUCCUCUACCACGACAACUGCACAUCAUGAUCUUUCUUCGCAGAAUCAGACAACUGCCUCACCCGAGGGAAAGCAGACAGGAGCAGGAGAUAAGCUUUCCAGAAGUCUUGUAGACGAGGAACGAGGUCUGGUUAAGGUGAACGAAGGCUUGCCAAAACUUCAUCGAGUCAAUGGCUCGUCGCGCUCAGCGCAAGGGAGUCGAACUCAUGCAGGAACAGAAUCAUCCGAUCAGAAUGCAAACAGCAUUCUAUGCACAUCCAUCACAUCGCUGACAGUAUCAUCAAUCCAGGGGCUUCAAGGGGAGGAGAUGCAGGACUACAAGAGUGAAAAGUUCGACAUACUUGAGGAGGAAGUCCAGCUAGUUCUGAAAGACCUCACGCUCAAGUUGUUGGACAUUGAUCGGCUUAUUUCUGUACGAGAGUUGGGAGAAUUGAUCCAUGAAGAUGAGAACAAAAGAUUGCAGACUAGACGUGACAUUCUUCGAGAUUGUUCAAUACUUGUGCUACUCGUACAACCAACUUGGUUGUCCACUCCUUUUGUUUCGCAGGUUUUUGAUCUACUCUGUGUCAAUCGAGCAGUUUUUAUUGUCUCCUUAUCCAAAGACCCCGUCGACAAGAUAGAUCUCGAGAUAAACAAUCAAAAUCUACAAAUUUUUGACAGCAGGGGCCCAUCCAUUGAACGGCUUGUCCAUCUGAUCAAAGCAAGAACUUCUCCAGGCCGUGAAGAACACGGAGCAGAUAUCGUCACCAUAAUUUACAGUUGGAAGAACUCUUUGGAUGCAUACGAGCAAGGAAGCAUACCCUCCUUGAAUUCUUGUAGAAAUUCUUUCGAAGAUCCCCGUAUGAUUCAAUACCAGCUUCAAAGAUACUUUGAUGGCAUUAAUGGCUUUCACUGUUGGAUUGAUAUUGAACAUGGCAGUGACUUGAUGAGAUUUGGGAGACUCUCGUCGCAUUUGAGGGCUCAAUACAAGUCAAAAUGCGUUAUCGUUGCUGCAAGUGACGAUUUAUUGGCUGAUAGCGAAAAUUUCCUCAGGGAAUUCAUGCUUGAGUCUGGUUUCCAUCUUUCAAUUCCCGUUGUCGUUGUUCAGCUUGGUGAACUCCAACCUGCAAACAAAUCUCUGUAUGAUAGCGACUUACAAAGGCUGUUGCUUGCUCACAAGUCAAUCCGAUUCUCAGGUAUUGAGGAAAAAGGGACAUUCGAAAUGCGUGUUCACCAAUUGGCACGAUUGGUAGAAAAAGAGAUAAGGAUGCAGUCUUGCAUCGAGAAUAGCGUGCCUUUGAUUCCCCGACCUCUCAUUGUUCAUCACACUGGACAGAAUUCAAGCAAUGACGCCAGGAACUCUCACUUUGAAAGCUUCUCAUUUCUGCGCAACGCAAGGAUGAGAAUUAUGAACAGAUUUCUGCGAGUGACAAAGGUCUGUCGUCAUGGUGACAUGCACCUUGUUCCAGGAGAUCUUUGCGCGUUUGUUGGUUUUGAGCAGGAAGCUCUUGCAGUGGAAGCAUACAACCCACCGUCAUCCAGAGUCAGAGAUCAGUUGCAGUUGAUCAAGGGAGAACGGAUCAAGCUCCUCCACAAAAUUCCUCUGGAAGUCGAGGACGGAUUAUGGUAUGAAGGACAAAAUAAAAAAGGUAGAAAAGGACUGGUGCCUUCAAGUCAUCUUCAAGUUUUGAGCGCUGGAAACAAGAUCUGGGUGUGCGAUUCUGUGCAUCAGGUUGGAUUGUUUGACCAUGAGAACUUUGAGAACAGCUUCGAUGAAAGCCAUUUCAAAUCGGAGAUGAGUGCUGAAGAUGCAAGCCGAGCUAGCAGUUUCAACGAGCUUGUGAACAAGUAUGGUGAAUUCUUCCAGUCGGUGUUGGCAAAAGCUUUGGACAUUCAAGUUGUUGACUCAGCUGCCCAUAAGGUGCUAAUGUUGACACAAGAAUGCAAGCUAGAAGACUUCCAGGAGCUGACGCGAGACAUGGAGUCGACGACCGUCCUAUCAAGGGAUGAAAAGCAAGAAGCUUUGGACGAGGCAAGGAAGAGCUUGCUUUCAUGGUAUGAGAGAGUUAUUCUUGAGACGAUUGAAAGGAUCAAGAUGAAACGAACCACUAUGGAUUACGAUAUGAAGAUGCUCAAGAUUCUGGAUGUGACAUUGAAAGAUGUUUUUCUCAAAGGAAAGAGGCACUUGAUUCCUCUCUCUUCCUUCAUCGAGAAUGAUCAUUGUGUUUACAAUCGGAUCAGCCUCGUUGACUUGAUUCAGCAAGUGCGCCAAGCUUUGCUGGUGGAAUACCCAGUUGACCUGCAGAACGCUCGCGAUGGCGAAUUUCUGGAUACAGAAGAAGACUGGCAGAGUCUGUUUGACAAGGUUGUGAGUGACUGGCAUGGCGAGAAUCAAUUUAGCGGGACUCUCGUGCUCUACGUCAUUCCCAAGCAGCAAAGGACUCAUCACUUGAUGGGCGUACCCCGACAUGUCGACAUGCAUCACCAUCAUGAUGAAGUUCAACUGAUCUGCUCGACAGUGAUUUUAGAACGCACUCUCCCAGGCACCGCGAGACGAGACAUAGACUUGCAGCCGUUGAAAGAUGUCAUCGCGACAUGUCAGAGCCAUACAGUUGCUGUCUCAGGCAUCAGAACCUCCAUGGCAUGGUCCCUCGUUCGACAGCUCCUCUGCAACAUGUUUGGCUGCUGUGUGCUGUUGGAAUACACCCCCUUUGACAUUGCUGGAAACCUGGAGAAACAAGGAAAGGAUGGACAGGGGAAGGGAAAAGUGCGGAAGCCACCCAAGAGCAGCAGGGGGCUAGCGAGCAAACACUCGUCAACCAAGACGAUCCGGUCAGAAGCCGAGUGGAGAGAAGCGAUCUCGCGGGUGGUGAUAGACUCCAAGACUUACAACAUCCUUGGCAGAAAGUUCUGCGUGGACUUGCUCCUUGAUGCAGUACAGGACCUGAAGCCUCAUACUAGUAGAACUUGCGCCUGCUGA